AUGGAGCCCGCCCUUCUCCAAGAGAAGCGCCACUAUGCUAGUCCGGGGACGCUUCAAGGACGAGGGGAUAUCGACAUCACCGUCAACGUAUUUGCGCGGGAACACUCGGUGGUCGCCUGUAACUCCUCAUCGCCAGUGAUUCGCACUUUCCGGGACGCAGAUGCCGCAGGUGUAGUACAUUCGUGGACAGGGCGGUCAUUCGACUGUACCGAUGCUCGUAGAUGCUACUCUCGCGGAGCCGCGCAUCAGUGGAGUCCUUCAGCCACGGACGUUGAACGAACGCGCCAGAACUAUGGCCCGUCCUCGUGGCAAUUUAGCGUUCAGCUCUUCAAGUUCGCAGUCAAGGAGUGUUCCGCACGUGACCGCAUCCGCGUCCAGGAGACGCGUUACGAGAUGAGGGCCUGCGUCGCGUCCGGUCCGAUCGGAGCAGGAUCCAGCGCGUCGGACGUGAUCAGCCUCUCGCAGAGCUUCAAGACCUGA